AUGUCAGUACAAGAAAGUGAUCCCUGGAAAGAAAACGAGUUAUCACCAACACAAUCACCACAAAAAUCAACCAUCUCCUCAGCUACAACGUCGUCAUCUGCAUCCGCGUCAACAACGUCUACACCGAAAAGAACGAAAUCUGGUGCAUCGGCACCACCAGCAAAUGGAGAAUUACGUCCAUUGAGACUAGCCAGACAACGUGACAGGCUAUCAUCCACUUCCCUGAUAUCAACCAGUCCUUCAGGUGCGACUGCAUCAUUUUCACCAGAUAAGCGUCGUUCAAGCGCCAACACCACAAGCACAGAAGAUGGGUUCCAAUGCCGACCACUUCGAAUUGGUUCAAAUAAGAACUUGUCGACUGAAGAGGUCAAGAAGUCCGAAGUUGAGCAACCUAUAGGUAGAAAGAAGUCGAUACAGAUUAGGAAUUUACCAAUUAAGCGCAACAGUGAAGCAAGCACUCACUCAGUACUCUCUGUAAAGAGUGGCCACAAUAGUGAUCAUGCAGUUGACCAAGAAGAUGACAUGAUAUUUGCCAUGUGUGUUGUUGAUUUCCAUCAUCAACGAGGUCCAGAAAUACAAUGGUGGAGAUCAAACUAUCAUCCAAAUUACACUCCUGAUUUGUUUCGCAACAUUCCUUUCCAAGCACUACCCGAUGGAUCUCAUUUGUUUGAGGAAACGUUUCUGAAUUUCAACCUAGUUUACGACUUUUGUCAGGGGAAAUCUAUUGAUGAUUUUGAUUCAUUGAACGAGUAUCAAGGCGAUCCUCGUCAUUUGAAAACUUUAUUUGGGUGUUCUUGUGUUCGACAGGUACGAACUAGUGAGUUGUCAGCUGAAGAACGAGAGCGAAAUAAGGAUAUCACCAGAUCUAUGGUCCAAAAAGCUGUGGUUGUAAUUGUACGCAAACAACCAAUAUUCCCAAAGAUUAAGGAAAAAUUGUCAAUCAUUACAAAGAGUUACUUCUUACAGGAAAGCCUACAAAACACUGAAGUGUUGGAUCAUUUAUUCGACAAUUUGAAUAGCCAGUAUAAGCUAGUGGAUAAUGAGUUGCAUGUUGACCUCGAACAGGAAGAAGAAUACUAUGUCAACUUAGAUCUACGAUCAUCGAUCUUGAAGUUCAAGUCCAAGUUUAUGAUUAUAUUCAAAGCCUUACUUCUUGAAAAGAAGAUUCUCAUUUACUCAACCGACAAUUUGGAAAACUUGACACAAUUUCAAAAUAAUUUGAUCUCAUUAAUACCCAAUUUAAUUAAUAAUUUGGAUGAUUCCGGAUGUCCCCUCAUAGAUUAUGUUGAAACAAAUGGACCAUUACAAAAACCACAAUCGCUAAUCUCAAAUAAUAGAGCAUCAAUGUUGAGAUUUUUUGGACUUCCCUUGCAAAUAUUCACAACCAAAAACUCAUUUUGGAAUCCAUACGUUCCACUUCAGCAGUUGAGUGAGUUGAAGGUCAAGUCAUUCAUGAUUGGAUGUUCCAAUUUGUUGUUUGUGAAUCAAGCGACUUCGUAUGGGGUGGAUGUCUUGAUCAAUUUGGAUACUAAUGAAGUAACGUACCCAAAGACUUUAUCCCAACCAGAUUACCUUACACUAACUAACCCGGACAAGAAAUUCAUUAAUCACAUAACCAGCACAAUUCAUCCUGACUCCAAGGAUUACAUCGGCAACGAUGACUAUAUUAGAUACCAAUUUGAAGAUUACAUAAACUCAUUGAUAUCGGUCAUUAGAUACCAUCAAUAUGCCAAACGGUUCUUUCAACCGCCACCGGGAUUCGCAGCCGACGAUGCCAAUGAAGGCUCAAUUGACGACUUCAGCAAAAGCUACAUUCGAGAGUGGGAAAAGACUGAAAAUUUCCAAAUAUGGAAUGCUAUGGCGGACGAGUUUGUAUUUAAUUUUAUCGAGCCAGUUCACAUCGGCCAUUCAUUGAAACAACAAGGAGGAGGAUCAAUUAAUAGAAACAUUGCCAAUUUUUUCACUACCUUGAAACUAAAGUCACAAACGUCAGACGGUGCGGUAGCUACAGCCCCGGUGACAGGCGAGUCCAAGGCACACAAGUUUAUUGUUGAUGAUGAUACUGGGGCAACUAAGGCGGAAAUUGAGGAUGAAUUAGUGGCUGGGUUCGAGAAAGUGGGAGUUUCCCAUGGCGGCGAUGCCAAUAAUGAGCAGAGACUAGAGACUAAGGCCGAGACAGAGGCGAAUACCAAUCGAGACUCCAAGCUGAACUCAAACUGGUCGAGUGGGUGGUUCAAGGGAUGGUAA